AGAACUUAGUGACGUUGCAGACAAAUUAAUCAAGCAUUUCUCACAGUCCAACAAUGGUGGCAAAUAAUGUUCUUUCUGCAGCUCCUCUGAACAACGAUGGCUUGUCGUCCUCUAACACCAAUGCUCCUCUUCAAAACUCCUUCAUCAAUCUCGACCAGGGAGAUACGGUGCUGUUCGAAUCGUACUGGAGGAAGAUGAGCGACGAGUGUGCGGUUGUGAUAAAGGGGUGCGAGCUUCUGAGUUAUGUGAGUGACAAUGCCAGUGUGUGUUGGUUCAUGAAGCCUGAGCUCAGAGACGUCAUUAAAAGGCUUCAUGCUCUGGUUGGCAACGCAGAGACGCAAGAUGGCCACAUUGUCAUCGGAAAUGGCUCUACUCAGCUCUUUCACGCUUCUCUCUUUGCUCUCUCUUCCUCUUCUAACUCUCCCAAUCCUAUCAACGUCGUUGCUGCUUCUCCCUAUUAUUCGGGGUAUCCGGACGAGACAGACAUAGUGUGCUCAAGCCUGUACAAGUGGAGUGGGGAUGCAAAGGUGUACGAUAAGAAUGAAGAAUACAUAGAGAUAGUGACGUCUCCGAAUAACCCAGAUGGUAGUCUCAGAAGACCAGUGGUGAACAAGAAGCUUGGACGUGAAGGGAAGCUGAUUCAUGACCUUGCUUAUUACUGGCCUCACUACACUCCCAUUACUCACAAGGCCAAUCAUGACCUUAUGCUCUUCACUUUCUCAAAAUGCACUGGUCACUCUGGUUCUCGCAUUGGGUGGGCUAUUGUGAAAGACAUGGAUAUUGCAAAGAAGAUGACGAGAUAUAUAGUGAUGAACUCCAUUGGGGUGUCGAAAGAAUCGCAGACUCGAGCUGCUAAAAUAAUGGAAGUUCUAUGUGAUAGCUAUGAUCAGAAUUUCAAACUUGGGUCUAAGAAUUCUGAGCUGUUCUUUGAGUACAGCAAACGCCUUAUAAAAGAGAGGUGGGAGAAACUGAGGGAAGUCAUCAAAGAAAAUGGUGAUCUCAUUUUACCCAAGUUUCCGGGAGCCUAUUGUAACUUCACCAAAGAAUCAUCUGAAACAUAUCCUGCUUUCGCGUGGUUGAUGUGUAAGAAGGACGAAGACGGAGUGAGUUAUCUGGAAAAGGAAUUGAAAGUUCUUGCUAGAAGCGGGAAUCGAUUUGGAUCAGGUCCAAGGUGUACUAGAAUUAACAUGCUGAGCCGAGGUGACGACUUUCAUGAAUUCUUGAAGAGACUGUCAAACAUCAAAGAGAUUAGUUAUUAAAUUUAGUCAAAAAGUGGAAAAUGAUUGCUAUGGUGUUACGCCUCAUGUUGAUAUAUGAAUGUUUUUUAAAAAAAAAAAAUUAUUAGAACAGUGUGUUUUUGUGUAUUUCUAGCCCAUCAGCCCAAUAUACCAUGCU